GCGGGGGGGUGUGUCUUUGCUGACACGUCCCCGGACGGGAUUGGGGUGCAUCGCCGGGAUCGCCCCUCCCCUUUUGGAAAGGGAUCGGCGCUGCACCUGCUCAGGGGCAGGGGGGAGCGAUCGGGCUGGAAGGGGGACCCCCCCCCGCACCCAGGAUCCAGCAAGAACCUGGGGAUCCCCUGCCCCCCUCCCUUGAAGCAGCACCAUCUCUGAGCGGAAACCCUGACGCCCCUGCACCGUCAUGUCGACCAUCAAUCCAGAGUACGACUACUUGUUCAAACUCCUCCUGAUCGGGGACUCCGGGGUCGGCAAAUCUUGUCUCCUGCUGCGCUUCGCGGAUGACAAUUACACUGACAGCUACAUCAGUACCAUUGGGGUGGACUUCAAGAUCCGGACCAUUGAGCUGGAGGGGAAAACUAUCAAACUCCAGAUAUGGGACACAGCCGGCCAGGAGCGCUUCCGGACGAUCACGUCCAGUUACUACAGAGGUGCCCACGGUAUCAUCAUUGUGUAUGAUGUAACGGACCAGGACUCGUUCAGCAACAUGCACCUGUGGCUGGAGGAGAUCGGCCGCUACGCCAGCGAGAACGUCAACAAGCUGAUCGUGGGCAACAAGAACGACCUGACCUGCAAGAAGGUGGUGGAUUACACCACGGCCAAGGAGUACGCGGACGCACUGGACGUGCCGUUCCUGGAGACCAGCGCCAAGACCUCCACCAACGUGGAGCAGGCCUUCGUCACCAUGGCGGCCGAGAUCAAGAACCGGGUGGGCAGCGGCCUCCCCCACAGCGACAGCCGCCAGCCCAUCCCCCGCAUCCAGAGCGCCCCCCUGCGGCAGGGCCGGGCCGGCGCGGGGGAGGGCGGCGACGGAGGUGCGGGCUGCUGUUAGGGAGGGGGUUUACCCCCCCCCCCCACCACCACCACCACCUACCCCGUGGUGGGGAGCUUCUCCGUGUCUGGGACUACGGCUGGGGGCCAGGACUGCUGGGCAGGGGGGGCCCUUUGCAGCACCCUAUUUAUCUGCAAUAGAUUUUUACAGGCUGCGGUCCAGCUCCCCUUAUCCCUCUCCAACCCCGUGGGUGCACCCUCCCCCUUCGCUAGCCCAGAGACACUCAGGGCCGGCUACUGAUCCGGGCUCCUGGCUGGCUCCGCUACUCAAGAUCCAUCUUCCCCUCCCCCCGUCAUUCCCGACUCCCCGCUGCAUGGCCAUACAGCCAGCCCUGCUCUGCACCCUUCAGGCCUCUGGAAGGGGACAAGCUGCUCCGAACGGAGCCGGGCCCGGGAAGGAGUCCCCCGAAUGCUGGAGGACGUGCGACGCCUUCCUGCGUGGAGAAGAAAGUGGCUUCUCGUUAAGAGGACCCAGCCACAGACCGAGCAGCAAGGAACUGUGCUGUGAGGCCCAGGACAAAAGCGGAAAGCGCCGUAGUUUGCUUCCCCUCUUAACGCAGCCUCAUGGGAGUCUGGUGCCAAAUUAGCGUCUUUUCCAUGCCCAAACGUGAAUGCUUGAAUUUCUCCCCCGUCAGCUCCAGACUGAAGAGUGGCUUGAAAAUUCAAAGCUUGGGUGGAAAGGCGACUCGAGCCGGGUCUCUAAGGCGAUUUCUGACAGCAGGGGCCUUGUUAAUCCAGAGUGCGAUCCCGUGGCUGGGCGGAGUCAGCUGGAAAUCGGGGUGCAGGUUUUUAACACCAUGGGUGUUUAAUCCAGAGUGAGAUCCCGUGGCUGGGCGGAGUCAGCUGGAAAUCGGGGUGCAGGUUUUUAACACCAUGAGUGUUUAAUCCAGAGUGAGAUCCCGUGGCUGGGCAGAGUCAGCUGGAAAUCGGGGUGCAGGUUUUUAACACCAUGGGUGUUUAAUCCAGAGUGAGAUCCCGUGGCUGGGCAGAGUCAGCUGGAAAUCGGGGUGCAGGUUUUUAACGCCAUGAGUGUUUAAUCCAGAGUGAGAUCCCGUGGCUGGGCAGAGUCAGCUGGAAAUCGGGGUGCAGGUUUUUAACACCAGGGGUGUUUAAUCCAGAGUGAGAUCCCGUGGCUGGGCGGAGUCAGCUGGAAAUUGGGGUGCAGGUUUUUAACGCCAUGAGUGUUUAAUCCAGAGUGAGAUCCCGUGGCUGGGCGGAGUCAGCUGGAAAUUGGGGUGCAGGUUUUUAACGCCAUGAGUGUUUAAUCCAGAGUGAGAUCCCGUGGCUGGGCGGAGUCAGCUGGAAAUCGGGGUGCAGGUUUUUAACACCAUGGGUGGUGAUCCAUUGGAAGAGCUCUCUCAGAGCCGGGCUGGGUCCUCCAUCACUCUGGCGUCUCAGCAAGAUUGUAUGCCUCGUUCUCGAGCCGAGCUAGCUCCACCACCAGGUAGGGGCUGAAUGCUGGAAUUAUGGUUGUGAGGCACCGGUCCGGGUUACACAGGAGGUCCUAUGGGAUGAGCAGAAUGGGUCCUUCAAAACUUACGCGAACGGGGAGCUUUUUGGCUGGAAAGAUUUGAAGGAGGGUCAAAUUUCAAUCCUGCCUCCCUGGCAGAAUUUCCCCCCCUCCGCCUUUGCUCCCAACUGAGGUUUUUAAAAGCUGCCUCCACCCCAUGGGGGGGGAGAGUUUGGCAAGAUCCCUCCCCACUGAGUGUGGCCAUGGAGGGACGAGGACCUUGCCGGGUGAAUUGGCUCUAGCGUGUUCUGUGCUGGACGGUCCCUGUCCUGAGGGGUGGGGGAUUUGAAGGGAUGAGUGUUUGAUGGGGGCUUGGGGGGGUGGCGGGGUUGAAAUGGCAGCUGGGUUAAUAGACUUGCUGGAAAAUUUGCCCUCGGUAUUUAUCUUAUUGCCUUUGAAAUACAGUUAACUCUCUAAACAGCGGCUUGUCUGCCAGGGCUUGACUAGCAGCAGCCACCGCUGGCGGUAGGUCGUGGGGCCCAGAAAUGGCACGUGCCGGCAGGGGACGGCAGUUUAUUCCUGCUAUUUAACACCGCUGAGAUUUUUAGGGCUUGCCGGUGCCCUACGAAUUAAAGGCUUCACCUACAAUGGAUUCCUAGAGCUUUGCAUCCGUCCAGCUCAAAGCACUUUGCAAAGCAGAGCCCCAGCCGUAGCUCCAUUUACAGGUGGGGAAACUGAGGCACGGAGCAGGGAAGUGGCUCACUCAUGGGCCCCCAGCAGGCCCAGGGGUUGUGCUAGGAAUAAGAUUUGGGUGGCCAUUGCUCUAACCCCUCGGCCAUGCUCCCUCCUGCCUGCAUCAUAUUCCCCAGCCAGCAGGCCCCAACUACCUCCCUGGGGCUCUUGCUUUUCUUAAGGCCAGCCUGAAGUGACUCGAAGAACCGCUGGCAGCUUUGGAGCAGAAGGAAAGGUUAAACGAAAUGGGCCAGUCACGCGAAUCGUUCACAGCUGAGGAACGGGACGUAGGACAGCCACGGGGAGCCAAAAAAUCUCACAGAGACACAGGCAUGGGGGACCAGGUGACCUAAAAUAGUUCGGCUCUCACUGCGUGGCCAGCUGUGAGCCUUUAAUGUCUCUAGGGAACAGAGAGACGACGCUCAGGCUGUACGGUAGUGUUUAGUUUAACCUUGGUCCAAAGCAGCUGAUUGUGUAAGGCCCCCGGCCCUCCGCAUUAAAGGUCUGCAGGCAUCUA